ACUUAGCCAAUGCCCAGUGUCUUCCUUUAGCCUCUGAAAGAUUCAUUCUUUUUCAGCUUGGAGUAGUUCUUGAUCUCAAAAGAGGAGUGGGAGAGAGAGAGAAAAUGGUGAAGUGCUGAUAUUCUGCCUGCUAAAUUUGAUUUCAACUUUUUUUUUUCUCCUUUCUGUAGAUUGGAUGCUGCAAUUAGGUAUUGCUUUUGCUUUCUUUAACUUGACUCUCAGUGCUGUAAAGCUGCAAAGUUCAUUUGUGCCUUGUUGAGUCUUGCAAGACAUUUACCAUACAUUCUUGGUUAAAACCCCAUUUUCACAUUGCUCUUCAAUUGGGGGUGUUCUACAUUCUGGGCUUCUCUCUAAUUUAUUGUUUGAUUGAUCAUUAUGGGGUCUGAGGGGAGUGGGGGUAGGGUGUUUCAACACAGGGGUGGCGGUGGAAUAGGGGGCACAAAUUCAGCUUCUGACAAAGUUUCAGGAGUGACAAUGUGCUCAGAAUCCAUGUUCUAUGGCUCUAAUUGGGAUCCAAUUGUGUCACUGAGUCAAAGUGGGAAUUUUGGGAACUCCAACAUUGUGUCUCAGAGUGAGUUUGCUAAUCCACUCAUGUUGGAGAAUCAGGCAAUCGGUGGCUCUUUGGCUCAGUUCCACUCUGAUUCUGGUCUUGUUGAUUUGGUUCCAAGAAUCCCCAAUUUUGGGAGUGGCAACAGCUUCUCUGAGAUGGUCACUUCCUUUGGCCACAACCCCGAUUCUUCGCCUAAUCUUCAGAAAGGGGCUACGCAAGAUCAUUGCCCAAAUUCAGAUGGUGGGAUGUUGGGAAGUUCACCUUAUGGGAAGAGGAAGAGGGAGGUGCAGCAAGGAGCUUCACCAAAGAGUGGCGAAGAAGAACAGCGCAAGGAUCCCUCUGGGGAUACAUCUAGAGAAGACGACGAAAGGAAACAGAAAUCGGAGAAAGGUGUUGCUCGUGGGAAGCAAGCCAAGGAUGAUCAGAGCGGUGCAGAGCCAUCUAAAGAUGAUUACAUUCAUGUUAGAGCCAAAAGGGGCCAGGCAACAAACAGUCACAGCCUUGCAGAACGGGUGAGAAGAGAGAGGAUUAGUGAGAGAAUGAGGUUGCUUCAGGAACUGGUUCCUGGCUGCAAUAAGAUCACUGGAAAAGCAAUGAUGCUUGAUGAGAUUAUCAACUAUGUGCAAUCACUCCAACAACAGGUUGAGUUCCUAUCGAUGAAGCUUGCAACCGUAAAUCCAGAGCUCAACAUGGAUAUAGACAGGCUUUUGUCCAAAGAUAUUCUUCACUUGCGUGGCGGAAAUACCACCCAACUCGGAGUUCCUCCAGGGCUGAGUUCGUCCCUCCCUUUCCCUCCGUACCCCCAAGGAGCCUUCAGCAGUGCUCCGGGCACUGGCCCACCAUUUCAUUCGUUACCCCAGCAGCAUGUGUGGAACACUGAGCUCCAAGGUCUUCUCCAAAUGGGGUUUGAUCCCGAUCCCUCCGGCAGCAUGGCGCGGAGUGGGUCGUCAAAAAUGGAGCUAUAGAUCUUCGUCUAACCGUACAUUCGAGAAUUCGACUGGAGUGAGGAUUUAAAAUUAAAAGCUAUAAAAAUGAUGAAGGUUUAAUUUUUUUUUUGGUUUUGUUUCAGUGUUGUAUAGGUUCUUAGCCUCCACCUAACUCUUGGUUCUUCAAAUUUUAACAGAAGAAAAUUGACUGAAAAAUUCAAUUGCCGAAGAUGAUGAUUUUUGUUUGUUGUA